UGUGAAAAAUUGUCUUUCUGAUCAUCAACAUAGUGGAGCUCGAACAUCUGGUGAUCAAAACCUCAUUUUCAUAAAAGCAAAGAAUCAUUUUCCUUGCAAAAAGCCUCCUCUCUUUCCCUUUCUUCUUCCCCCACGCAAACUUCGAGAAAGAAAAAAAAAACAAUACUAAUUCUACAUUCACAAGACAUGAGAGUCCCUGCUUCAUCGGACAGUAACUCAGGAGGAAAGAAUCUUGUUGUCUAUGACGAGCCCACUUCCGUGCUCGGCCUCCGUAGAAGCCCAACUCCCACAACGGUGGAAGAGAAGCCACUCGUCUCGGCCGCGAGUGGUGGUGAUAAUCAAUUUCCGUCAGACGAUCACGCGAUGCGUUCCAUGGAUUGGGAUUCAAUCAUGAGAGAAUUAGAAUUAGAUGACGAUUCUACCCCUAACUUGAAACCCAAUUUCCCUCCGCCUGCCCAUUUCGCCGUCGUUGAUCCACCGCUUCCAGGCUUUCCCGAUCAGCUUAAUCCUGCGGAGUACGGGUAUGACAACAACAACGAAGGAGGAGGAGGAUUUGAUAUCAUUGAAGAUCUCAUCCGAGUUGUCGACUGUGUCGACUCGGACGAGUUGCAGCACGCUCAGGUGAUAUUGUCACGGCUCAAUCAACGGCUGAGAUCUCCUGCGGGUAGGCCGCUUCUGAGAGCAGCGUUUUACUUCAAGGAGGCUCUCGGUUCGCUUCUUUCCGGUUCGAACCGGAAUCAAAACCGGUUAACUUCAUGGACCGAGAUCGUCGAGAGAAUCCGAGCAAUCAAAGAAUUCUCCGGUAUAUCUCCGAUACCUCUCUUCUCUCACUUCACGGCGAAUCAAGCAAUCCUCGACUCUCUCCACCAAUCUUCCUCGCCGUUCGCUCACAUCGUCGACUUCGAGAUCGGAUUCGGCGGUCAGUACGCGUCGCUCAUGAGAGAGAUCGCCGAGAAAUCAUCAGCAACCGGCGGAUUUCUGAGAGUCACGGCGGUUGUACCGGAGGAAUCCGCCGUGGAGACGCGUCUCGUCAAAGAGAAUCUCGUUCAGUUCGCCGCCGAUUUGAAAAUCCGAUUUCAGAUUGAUUUCGUUCUGAUGCGAACGUUCAAGAUGUUAUCAUUCAAAGCGAUCAGAUUCGUGGAAGGAGAAAGAACCGUCGUGUUGAUUUCUCCGGUGAUAUUCCGCCGUUUAAACGGAAUCUCCGGUUUCGUUAACGACUUACGGCGAGUUUCACCGAACGUCGUCGUUUUCGUGGACAGCGAAGGAUGGAACGGAAUAUCCGGAGCUGGAUCGUUUCAAAGAGAGUUUGUUAGUGGGUUCGAGUUCUACACGAUGGUGUUGGAAUCUCUCGACGCUGCCGCUCCGAACGGUGAUUUGGUGAAGAAGAUCAUAGAAGGGUUUGUGCUGCGGCCUAAAAUCGCGGCGGCGGUUGAAGCAGCAGCGGUUAACAAGAGACAGGGUGGUGGAGAGAUGACGUGGCGGGAGGCGUUUUGUGCGGCGGGGAUGAGGAUGGUUCCGUUAAGCCAGUUUGUCGAUUUUCAAGCUGAGUGUUUAGUGGAGAAAGCGCAAGUCAGAGGGUUCCACGUGGCGAAACGACAGGGAGAGUUAGUGCUUUGUUGGCAUGGAAGGCCUUUGGUUGCCACGUCAGCUUGGCGGUUUUAAAAAAUGAACCGGGAGGUUGGGUAUAGCGGUAUAGAAGUAUUUGGCUGGUUGGUUUAUUAUUAUUUUGAAUACAUUAAAAUAAUCUCUGAUUUUAGCAUGGAAAUAAAAUAUUUAUUUAAAAAUACAA